AUGAGGAAAGUUUCAAGGCAAGAAUAUUUGAAGAAACUGAAGGAGCUCAGAGAUGAUAUAGAAAACGAGCAGUAUCUAUUUGAUGGUCCUCGUCGAGGAGUUGUUCGUUUCGGAAAGAAAGGAAAGUUGUCACCUCGCUUCAUUGGACCUUUCGAAAUUUUGGACAAAAUCGGAGAAGUGGCAUACCGUUUGGCUCUACCGCCUCAACUGGCUGGAGUACAUAACGUUUUCCACGUCUCUAUGCUACGGAAAUACGAGCCACACCCUUCUCACAUCAUCAAUUGGAAGGAGAUUAAUCUUGACGAAGACGUGACAUUUGAAGAAAAGCCUGUCAAGAUUUUAGAUCGUCGCGAGAAGAAAUUACGAGGCAAAACUAUACCAUUGGUUCAAGUUCUCUGGAGACAUCGUGGGACGGAAGAGUCAACGUGGGAGCGAGAAGAUAUGAUACGUGUCAAUUACCCUCAACUAUUCGAGUCUAAAGGUACGAAUUAA